ACGGACGAGAGUGAAGAAAGUGAAAGUGCUCGGUCACCGAACGGAGGGAAAUCAAAGGACAAAAGAAAGAGGGAGCCAGAGUGAAUAUGUAAGUAUGAGCGUGGGAGCGCGUCUCCACAUCCAUGUGCAGCGGGAACAGAAGGAAGGGGGUGUGUCCUCUUGGAGACAGCAGGGAUGGUUUAUUAGGAGAUCAUGCCUCUUAGCCAAUGGUUUUUAAGAGAGAGGCAGAUGUCAUUUGAAUGAGAUGUACCACCUCCCAGAGCCAGCACAUCCCCUUCAGUGUUUCUCGGCGCCGUGUGAGAGCUCCACUUGCUCUGCUCUCUUCUCGGUCUACUCCCGCUCUCUGCUUCCCGCUCCGUCCUCCUCUCCGAUUCUCCUCCAUGGGGAAAGAUGGGAUCUGUAACUCACAGCAGCCAGUUUCAUUAAGAGUCCAGAGCCGCCCCGUUUGCUCAGGCUGAUGAAAGCGGACCCGGCGGGUCUUUCAGUGAGUGUCUGACAGAAGCAGAACCGCAGAGAGGUGCCUGGUGCUACCAGAGGUGUGACAGAGUCCCAGCCCACCGUACAUUGAUUCACACAGGAUUAAGCUACUGCAGAAUGCUGCAGGCGGAAGGCUGGGCGCAGGUGAUUUACCGUCACUGUCAGACUUAACAUCACCGGACACCUCUGCCCUGCUCCCGUCUGCUGUGGAGGGACUCCGCAAAACCAUCUGCCACUGCACCACCCAAAGGCAUGACUCACCCUCAUCUCACACAGGAGUAAGAGAGGAAGCAAUGGGCUGGACUAUGAUUCUAAAAAAUGACUUUGGGGUCAUCGCCUGGACUCGGCACGCUGCAAAGUUGCUCAGCCUCUUCCUCCUCCUGUCUCUUUUUACUAUUCCAAUCCCUUCAGCAGACACGGUUCUACCCAGGGACCAACAUUUCUCAUGGAAAGCAGGCCAGUGGGGUCAGUGUGUCGGGGAGAAGUGUGGUUCUGGUGGGAUCCAGACCCGAACACUGUGGUGCGUCCAUGUGGACGGCUGGUCCAGCCAUCACUCCCACUGCCUGCACACGCCUAAACCGGACAGCCAGCGGCCGUGCUAUAAGGUGUGCGACUGGCACCAGGACCUCUUUGAGUGGGACGUCUCUGACUGGGGGCCCUGUCUUCUCAUUCCCUUCUUGUCCAACGAGCUCAGACUGAGGACUGCCGACUGCAUCACGGCGCAGCACGGCAUUCAGAGGCGCUCCAUCCACUGCGUGCGAACUUCAAACCGGACCGCCGUCAGCUCCCGGAUCUGUGAGUUCUUCUCGCACAAGCCCCCCGUGGAGCAGGCCUGCCUCAUCCCGUGCCCCCAGGACUGCGUGGUGUCAGACUUCACGUCCUGGUCCAGUUGCAGCAAAACAUGCGGGGUUGGCCUGCAGCACCGGACUCGGCACGUCCUGGCCACGCCGAUGUACGGAGGGGCAAACUGCCCCAACCUCACCGAGACCAGAACUUGCACAACUUUGGCGGACUGUUCCACUGGGGAGGGGGAGCACCAGUACAGCCUUAAAGUAGGAGCCUGGAGCGAGUGCAGACUCCCACAGCACAAGGACGCCAUCUUCAACGGAAGGACCGUUUUGGAUUACAGUGCCAACUCCCAUGAGAACAACACCGUCACACAACACACGGUGGCUUUCCACCACCACACACAUCAUCACAACCACACACACAUCAACAACCCCAUGUCGUGGGACCUGGAAGUGGGAUAUCAGACACGACAUGUUCGCUGCACCAGAAGUGACGGCAAAAACUCCAUGCUGAGCUUGUGCACCAAGGACAGCCCCCCCCUGACAUUCCAGGCCUGUGUGAUGCCCAAAGACUGUCAGCCGUCUGAUUGGUCGCCGUGGAGUCCCUGCUCCAAGACCUGCCGCUCCACCGACCUGUCUCCCGGCUUCCGAGUUCGGUCACGCAUCGCCACGCAGAUCCCACACGGAGGGGGGAAGCCGUGCCCCCCCCUGGAGGAAAAAGAAGCUUGCAACAUAAUUGGAGACUUACUCCCAAAGUGUCCCAGGUACGUGUGGAGGAGCACCGACUGGGGCGAAUGCCACAUUCUGCCCCUGCUGGGGCAGCCGGACCAGAGACAAGUGAAUAUCAGCCGUCUGUGCGGCGCCGGCGUUCAGACCAGGAAGACCUACUGCGUUCAAGUCCCCGAUGAUUCAGCCCCCCACCACAGGAAGGAAGUGUCCAGGCCUGUGGAUGGCAGGUUGUGUGAUGGAAAUGAGCCCCCAUUGGCCGUCCAAAGCUGCUCCGUUCCCUGCCAGCAUCACUGUGUGUUCUCCCAGUGGUCAUCCUGGGGGCCCUGCAUACAUGAAAACUGCAAGGAACCUCAAGGAAAGAAAGGUUCCAGACGAAGAACGAGGGAGGUGUUGUGGCAGUCUGGGAGCGCUCUGGGAAGCUGUCCUCACACGGUGGAGUUCACCCCCUGUGAAGAUCCCGUUUGUUACCUGUGGCAGGUCCAACAAGAAGGCCGAUGUGUUCCCACCAAAGGCUCGUGUGGUCCAGGAGCUGCAGUCCAGAAUGUGACCUGCGUCAGUGUUGAAGGGAAACACGUCCCGGACGCCCACUGCGAAGGCGACGCCCCGCCCCCAGAAGGAGCCUGCGAGGUCUCGUGUCCAGCGGACUGCGUGGUCGGCUCCUGGUCCUCGUGGUCGUCCUGCUCACACAGCUGUGCCACCAGGACGGCGGAGGGCAGACAGAGCCGGACUCGAACCGUGUUGGCCAUUCCUGGAAAAGACGGUAAAGCUUGUCCAGCCGCUCCCGCCCUGGAGGAGUGGCGAGUCUGCAGCGACCAUCCCUGCAUGACCUUCCACUGGGAAGCCUCAGCUUGGCGUCCGUGUGUCCAGAACGCGUCUGCUGCCCUGAACGCCAGCGCUCCGGGGAACGGCACCUGUGCAGCCGGCGUCCAGAGCCGUAACGUCACCUGCGUGAAGAAGAGCGUGGGCGCCGUGCUCAGUAAAAGGUGUUCCGAUUCCUCCCGCCCAGAAUCCUUCCAGCCUUGUUUGCUUCCCUGCAAGACCGACUGCAUAGUGACCCCCUUCAGCGAGUGGACGUCCUGCCCGUCAACCUGCCUCCCAGAGAAUGGAACCGCUGCCACGCAGUCUCGAUACAGAAUCAUCAUCCAAAGACCUGCAAACGGGGGUCAGGAAUGCCCCGACACCCUGUUUGAGGAGAGGGACUGCGACUUCCUGCCGCGAUGUCCAGUUUUCAGGUGGAGGACGCACAAGUGGCACAGCUGCAUGGUGGUCCCUGAUUCUGUCAGACGAGGACUGUCUGGAGCAGGAGAGGACUGUGGGGAUGGGUUGGAGACCAGAGGUGUCAGCUGCGUUGGCGAGAACGGAGAGGCGGCGAACCUGACGGAGUGCUUGCGAUGGGCCGGCUCUCUGCCUCCUCAGAUCAGGAGAUGCCGGGUGGCUUGUAAGGACGACUGCACUCUAACCGCCUGGUCCAAGUUCUCUGAAUGUGCUGGAUGUGGGAGCGCACGGAGCCGCUCGCGCGCGCUCACAGGACGCAGCAAGAAGAAGGAGCGCUGCCUGAAUGAGGAGCUGCACCCCCUGGAGGAGGUGGAGGCGUGUCCUUGUGACGAGUUCCUGUCUCAGCCGUACGGGGACUGGUCGGCGUGCGUUCUGCCGGAUCGCUCCGCCCACAGUUCCCUCCAGGGCUGGAUGAGCCGCCGGGAGGUGAAGGAGUGUGGUCAAGGUCUGCGCUUCAGAGCCGUGGCCUGCCUCAACCAGCGGGGACACCUGGUUGAACCCACUCUCUGCACACAAACAGGCUACAUCAUGGAGGUCUGCCACAUCCCCUGCCCGCUGGACUGUAAGCUGAGCGACUGGUCGCCCUGGUCGUCCUGCAGCGUGACUCGUGGCAGCGGGCUGAAGAUGCGGUCCAAAUGGCUCAGAGAGAAGCCUUUCAACGGGGGACGUCCUUGUCCCAAGCUGGAUUUGAAAAACCAAGCUCAGGUUUACGAAGCCGUGCCAUGCAGAGGCGGGAGCGGCCAGAACGAGUGGAGGAGCGAGGCCUGGUCCAUUUGCACCAUCAAUGCCGUGGACGACCUGCCAGCGUGCGGGGAGGGGGUCCAGAGCCGCAAGAUCAGGUGCGUAAAGACAGGAUUGAUAAGUGGGGAGGAGAGCAUCGUGGAUGACAGCCAAUGCGACGCGGAGGAAAUGCCGCCCAGAGCACAGGUGUGCCACCUGGCCUGCCCCGACGACUGCGUCAUGGGACCCUGGGGACCUUGGAGCGGCUGCCCUCAGCAAUGUGACACAGAAACGCUGAGAAACAGAAGCAGACAAAUCCUCCGCGAGUCGGCCGCGGCGAGCGUGACGUGUCCGGAGCAGAUCCAGUCGGAGUCUUGUGUUCUGAACAGCACCUGCUUCACGUACCGGUUCCGAGCCUCAGAGUGGAGCACAUGUCAGCUGAGCGAGGACGCCGUCUGCGGUCCGGGUUUCCGGCUGCGCCUUGUGGACUGCGUGCGGAGCGAUGGGAAGAUUGUGGAAAUGGAGAUGUGUGAGCAGUUUGGUCUGACCACCUCAUGGCCGCUGCUGGAGAACUGCGUGGUUGAGUGUUCUGUCAGCUGUCUGCUCUCUGAUUGGUCCCCGUGGUCUGAAUGCUCACACACCUGUGGCGGUCAAGGGCGGUUGGUCCGGAGCCGCAGAAUCCUCCAGGAGGCCCAUCAGGAAGGCCGUCCCUGUCCCAGCCAGCUCAACCAGACCAGAUCCUGUCCCGUGAAGCCCUGCUACUCGUGGCUGCUGAGUGACUGGUCUGCAUGCAUCAUAGAGGGUGGAGAGUGUGGAGAAGGAGUCAGGAGAAGGAACCUGUCAUGUAUCGUCCACUGGGGGAACUUGAACGAGCCCCCUCCCCAGCCAGUGGAGGCGGAGCUCUGUGGAGACGUCAUCAGGCAGCAGCUCCUCCAGCAGAUGGAGCAGCCCUGCUUCGUCCCCUGUCCAGGGGAUUGUCAUUUGACUGAAUGGUCACCGUGGAGCUCCUGCCAGUUGAUCUGCCUGGAGGGGCGGAGCUUCGAGUACACCGGGCGCCAAGCUCGAUCCAGAGCUGUGAUCGUUCGGGCCGUGGAGAAUCAGGCCAGCUGCCCCCAUCAGGUCUUUGAAACCAAAUCUUGUAAAGAAGGGAAAUGCCACACUUACCAGUGGAAAACAGGAGGCUGGAGCAACAAUGAGAGGGCGGUGUGGUGUCAACGCUCGGAUGGUGUCAAUGUCACAGGGGGGUGUUUCCAUCAGAAAAGGCCGACUACGCUCCGGCACUGCCAUCCUCCGUGCACGAAGCCCUUCUCUCACUGCACACCGAGUGGAGUGUGUGGGUGUGAGAAGGGUUACACUGAAGUGAUGACCUCCCACGGCUUCCUGGACUACUGCACCAGAACCCCGGGGUUCGACAACAACAAGAAGGCGGAUGUGAAAUCCACGUCUGGGAGAUUAAAACCUCGGCCGUCUCAGGCCAACGACCUCUUCAGCGAGUGGACGUUACGGCCUGUCGGACCAGAUGGAAGAGUGAAGCUGUGGGUUUAUGCUGUGGCCGUUGUUGGCUUCAUCAUUAUACUCUUCGUCGUUGUCUUAUCAUUCCUGAUCUGUCAGCCAUCCAAAAGCACGUCUUCUCCACCGCAGAAGCCCCUGACCCUGGCUUAUGAUGGCGACAUGGAUAUGUAACCGUGCUGCCGAACCUCACGAGGACACCCCCAAAUCCUGGUCGUGUGCGGCGUAUCGCCGAGCGCAUAGACUGGACCCGACGGUCGCUGCUGGAGCUCCUCCCACGACUGGAGCUGCAGCCGGAACAGAGAAACGGAACCAAAGCUGUCCAAGUGACCGUGGACCACUAGUUUUUACCUGCUUGCUACAUUACUCAGCCGAGGCCCGGGUCGGACUGAGAGGAACAUUCCUGCAGCUCAGAGGAACGGACGAACCAGAGGGACCACUCCUUCUUUUUUAUUCUUUUAUAUCUUUUCUCUGGGUUUACCUUUUUGUUUGUGUGCCUGAGAGUUUCCAGGGAGGACGUGAGGAGUUUGUGAUGGUCAAAGGUUUGUCCUCAUCAGUGCUGGAUGUCUGUCCCUCCGGCCCUCCGGCCCUCCGGCCCUCCGGUCCUCCGAUCCAAACAGCCUUUUUUCCACGUUUCUGAACAAACCAGAUGAUUUAUGCACUAUGUUAGUGCUGAUUCAGUUAGAUUUCUUUCUUUCAAACGACUUUUCUAGUGUUUUAACUGUGAUGCAAGUUUUUGCCGUCUGAUUGUGUUACUUUGUUGAUGAUGCCAUAUGUUGUGUACACGUGGAAACCAAAAGCGAGCCUGCCUUGAUUUCAAAGACACAGCGAUGCAGUUCCUUCUCCUUCAUCAUCAGCACAUGAUUUCAUCCUUUGAGUUUCGUUUGGUUUGAGGAUGGAUGCAGUUUGUUUCAAAAUCACAAAAUCUCUUGAUGCAAAUCGAAUUAUUAAUACCAGCAAGUGGGAGAUUUGACCUCAUGACACUCAGACGUGACACAUUGAGCACAGAUCACCCAAAACCAGGACAGUCGGGACGAUUCAGCCGCUGGAUGACACUGAAGGACCGCCUACAACCACCAGACCCUUUUCACCGCGACGUCACACAAUGGCGACAAAACUGAACGCUUGAACAGUUUAACUUAAAUAAUAAGAGUUAGGCUUACUAAUUGUAAUGAAAAAUUAUCCAAUAUUUAUUUUUAUAAAUGUACUACCUAACUACUUUCAUUUCCUGUCUUAGAUCGUUCACAAAUCUAAAUUUAAGCGUAUGAAUCCUCCAAUAUUUGAGGUUUAAUUGAAAAUAUCAACCUUUCAUUUGAGCAGAUAUUAUUCUAUUCUGCUUGAUUUAAUUUGAACAUAUUCUAAGUGCGAUCGAGCACAAAGAAGGUUGGAAAAUCAUCUUUAUGUGCAGCAAAGAUGCAUUUUAAUCACUUCCAGGGCUAAACGUAGUUGUUGUUGUUUUAAGGGGUUUUUUGUCGUUUUACGUGGUAUUUAGUGAAUUAUUACAAAAACAGGUUUGGUACAGCAAAUAUUUUAUGCGCAGCUAUUAAACCACAUAUUUUUUAGCUUAAGCGACCAGAAAAAAGAAAAAUCCAUCAUGAAUGGAUGGAUUUUUUAACUUUCAAAAUAAGAGUUGCCAAGAAAAAAGUUCAGCACUGGUCGUACGUAUUUAGUAAACUGAGUCCAAAUAGUCACUUUCACAUUUUUGCCAGCAGUUUCCAGUUAAUUUGAUCUUUUUUUUACCUUUAUUUUCCCGCACAUCAGACACGGUUACGAGUAAAAGCAAAGGGGAGAAACAUUAUUGAUCUGAUACCUGUCGAUAUCAAUACUAAUAUCAAUAUUAUUCAUAAAUGAGGUGGAUGUGUCAUGAGCCCCAAAAUCUCAAUUGUUUUUAAUCACCGUUGAUUUUUCUUUGUAAGUUUCUCUUUUUUAAUUACUUAGUAAACAUAAAAACAGAAUUAAGACAAUAUUUUAAAAUAAAUAAAACAUAUUUUAUUA